AUGCUUUUAAAAAAGCUAUUGUCCUUAAGAUUUGGUCACAUACAACGAUUAAAUUUUUACGGAAUUCUCGUAAUAAUAUUAUUCAAUGAGUGUUUGAUUUAUUAUCUACAACGAUUCAAAUGGGAAUCAAUAUCAUGUGAAACUAAUGAGUGCAGUAGAAUUCUUCUGGUCGCUGAUCCACAAAUCUUAGAUGAGGGUUCAUUUGCUGAUGACUUUAAGUUUCAAAGAUAUUUCACAAGAUUCAUGGAGAUAUUCCCGCAAGUGAAAAAUAUUCAAACAAUUUAUCUCCAUGGUGACAAUGAUAUCGGCGGGGAAGGCAGCGAAAUGGUAAAACCUUCAAAAGUUAAACGAUUCAAUAAUUAUUUUGAAAACAGAAGUCAAUGGAAGUUCAAACACAACUUGAAUAUUUACCACAUUAAUCGAAUAAUUCACGAAAUGCCAUUGCUGAACGAUGAUGAAGUAUCUCAAACACAAGAAAAUUCCGGUUUCACUCGUGUGUUUGUUAGUCAUUUUUCUAUCGUUCUGACACCUGGUGCAUUUAGUUACAAAGCCAUUCAAAGGUUUAAACCUCAUGUAAUUUUCACCGGACAUUACCACAAAUCAAACCAAAUCACAAGUGAAAUUAAUCGUCUUCGUUUCUCAUCUACGACACUCUUCUUAUCGCACACAAUGACUUAUGACUUGAGGACCAUCGAAGCUAAUCAAGAAGUUCUUGAAAUUCAAGUUCCAUCUUGCUCAUAUCGAAUGGGUAAUUCAUUUCAUUAA